AGAAGUUUGUCCAAGAGUGAGAGAAAGAGAGAGAGACGAGAAUUCGAGGAGAGAGUAAAGAGUGUUUCUCAUUUCUGAAAAGCAAAGCAGGAGAGGUGGAGAGGCAGAGAGACAGAACAGCAAGGAAGAAAAAAGAAAGGAAAGAGUGAACAGGGAAAGGAGGGUGGAAGAGAAGCACAAACAGAAGGGUGGAGAGAGGAGAAAGAAACAAAGUAAAGGGCAGGAGGGAAACAACAAACAGGCUGUGGAGAGAGAGAGAGAGAGGGAGAGAGAGGGACAGAGAGAGAGAGAGGGAGAGGGAGAGACAGAGGGGUAAUGUGCGGUAAUGAGCUGCCGGCAGCAUGAGGCUCCGUGUUUUCCUGCUUCCUGCCGCCAUGUUGGCUCUGGUGCUAUUUGUCAGUUCAUACUGGCUGCCUCAGGGGACCCCGGAGGGAUGUGAUUCAAUCUGGAGACCCUGCCUAAGUGUACACAGUCCAACAAGCAAGCCAGAGCCUCAUGAUGAAAGAAAUAAAAGAAACAUCAUUCCUGAUGAACACUUGGUCUAUGGAGAUGACAUCAUCAUGGAGGAGUGUCCUGGGCAAGACUUUCAGGUGUCCCGCCUCUAUUUACACCUGACCUCUGCCUUAGGCCCCGCCUCUGAUGUCUUAUUGGACGAAUACCUGUCCAGCUGGGAGGAGCUUAUAAAGUUCAUGAAUGCCCUCGGCCCUCUCGUCAGCUUCUUCUCCCACAAGGUCCAGGAGAAGAUCACCCUCCUGCGUGACCUCUCCUCCUCCCCCGCCGCCCUGAACUCCCAGGAGCAGCAGCAGCACCCAAACAACAUCCUUCUCCUGGACCCCGCCGCCUACCGCUCCGUCCUCUCCAUGCUGGACACCGAGCUGCAGGCCGGCGUGGUGGACUUCCACCGCCACACGCCCUCCGGCAGCCGCACGCUCCUGCGCCUCCACCGCUCGCUGCUCUGGCUGCAGCUGCUGCUGGAGAAGCUCCAGGAGGGCCCUGACGCCGAGGGCCGCCUGCGGACCCCCGGGGAGCUGUGCAGGGAGGCCUACCGGCAGGCCCUGGCCCCGCACCACCCCUGGCUCCUGCGGCAGGCCGCGGAGGUAGCCUUCGGCGCCAUGCCGGCCCGGAAGGUGUUCCUGGACCUGGUGUGCGUCGACUCGCAGGAGGAGGCCAAGCCGGUGAUGUGGACGCUGAUCACGGCCAUCAGAAAGGUGCACCGCAGGACCCAGAGCGCGCUGGAGGAGAGAGGGAUGCUGGAGCUGCCGUAGCGAUGGGAGGAGGAGGAAGGAAAGGACAUGUGAGAGAGAGAGAGAGAGAGGGAGGGAGAGGAAAGAUGCGAGCGAGGGAGGUGAUGGAGAAAUGAGAGAGGGUGAGGGCAGGAGAAUGAGGGAGUCAAAGUGAUGUGAGGAGAGAAAGAGAGCUCAGCAAUUAAGGAAGCAGUGGAGCAAGGAGUAAUGAGGGAAUGAAUGACAAGAAGAAGGGCAAGAAAGGAGAAGGAGAAAGAGAGGCAGAGAUGAAGAGAAAUUAGAUGAAACAGAUGAAACAGAUGGGAGGGAGAAUGGAAUGAGAGGAAAACCUGCAUUCAAGCAGACCCAGGAAGACUUCAUAUUGGGGAAAGAAAGUAAAUGCAUGAAUGAAUGAAUUGAUAAAUGAAUGAAUGAAUGAAUGAAAAGAUACUGAAACUGUAAAGGCGUAUGAACCAAAUGUGAUUCAAUAAUUGAUUGUUAAUCCUAAGUUUUUAUACAAGGUCUGAGUAUUUAUUUUGCAAUGUGUGAACUAUGCGUGGUUGAUUCCCCCACAGCCAACAUGGACAGCAUUUACCAUGGGAAGUUUGUUGUUAUGGACUUUGAAUCCCGUUUCCCCCAUAUCCUGUUAACAUGUGCUAUUUGUAUUUUACUUCAACUUGGCAAAUCGUCAAAUAAAACAACACGAAGCAAGAGCA